AUGAACUUUAACGCGUCUCAGGCCAUCCACGACCAACCCCAGCAACAACCUCAGCAUCGGCCCCCCCAGCCUCGCCAAUCCGCCAACCCUGCCAGUCCUGGAAACAGCCCCCAGCUCCAGCAGCAGCAGCACCAGCAGCACAUUGCCCAACUACAACAACAGCAGCAGCAGCAACAGCAGCAACAGCCGCAUCCCCAGGGCCACGUCGCUAUGAACGGCAUGAACGGCGCAGGUAUGCCAGGUGGCGGCGGCAUGUCCAUGCCAACGCCCGCUGGCCACCAGGCAGAACUCAACUACAUCUACAGCAUGGUGGAGGAGCUGAGCAAGCAGCUCGCCGACAACCGCAAAGUCACAGAGGACAUCGUCAACGGCCUCGGCAAGGUCCGCACCAAAGCGAAAACCAACGGCAUAUCCAAUGGCGAGCUCAUUGAUGCUGCUGCUGACGAGCUCCAAAGCCAAGAGGAAAACCUCGACGCCCAGAUAUCCCUCCUCACCGAGUCGCUCGAGAAGGCCAAGCACAGCCGCGACCAGAAUGCGACGCUCCUCACCCAGUACGCCAACGCCCUCGCUGUGAUGCUCAAGCAGUUCCACGAGUACAAGACCAAGCACGUUGCGGAUGUCGCCGCGUGGCAUCGGUCCUACCGCGUACAGCUCGACGAGGCCCGCCGGGAGAACUCCCGGCUGCGCGAGCAGAUCUGGGAGAUGCAGACGCACGCCGCGACGGCCAACGAGAGCCUGAGGAAGUUUCGGAGCAAGUACGACGAGGAUGAGAAGCGCUGGGACGGGCGUGUCGCCAGCGUUGCGGCGAAGCAGGAGAUCCGGUUCUGGAAGCGGAUGGCCAUGCCUGAGCUCGAGGAUGAUGACACCUACUGGAGCGGCGACGACGAUCUGAUUGACCCGGCCGAGAAGGAGAGGCUGCGCGAAUUGGAACAGCGAGCUGCGCAGGAGCAGAUGAUGGCCGAAAGCCAGGCUGAAGAUAGCGACGGAGGUCCACAACAAUCACCGUUUCAACACAUGGGCGUAAUGGGGGGGAUCGCCAUGCAGAGGGAGGAUACGAGUCUUCAGCCAGUUCCACCGCCACGGCCACUGAGUGCCGCAUCGAGCACAGGCUCGACGGGGCACUAG